UAGCUGAUUUUGACAACAUCUGUUUUUUAUUCAUCUGAGGUUGUGAAGUAGGCGAGGCAAUAGAAAAUAAUUCAUUUUCACACUCCAACUCAAGACCUCCCCAUGUGAUUGUGUGGAGAUUUGAAUUUGAGACUUUCAAAAUGCUUCUAUUUUAUAUGACAACAUGAAUGAGUUCUUGCAAUUUGAAUUUAAGCAAUAAAAUGAGGAGCUGGUGGAGAAGAAAUCUGACAUGGAGAACUCUGUGCUUGCUUCUUCUUGGUCAACUGGUUUCUAUUUUGCUUGCAUUAAUGAGCUUCAGUUCCUCUCUAAUAGCCAAUCUUGGUGUUGAUGCACCUGUUGCUCAAGGUACUUUCACUUACUUGAGUUUAGCUUUGGUAUAUGGCAGCAUCUUGAUCUACAGAAAUCAGAAACCAAUGGUUUCUUGGUAUUGGUAUCUCCUUCUUGGAUUUCUUGAUGUCCAGGCCAUUUUCCUCUAUAACAAAUCAUAUCAGUUCACAUCCAUUACUAGUGUGACGUUAUUGCAAUCUUUCUCAAUAGCAUGGGUCAUAAUAUUCACUUGGUUUUUCCUUGGCACGCGAUAUUCGUUAUGGCAGUUUUUUGGUGCAGCCCUGUGUGUGCUUGGGUUUGGCUUGCUGAUCCUCUCUGAUGUUGGCAUUGGUGGUGGAGGUGCGUCAAGAACUCUAUUUGGUGACAUGAUUGUCAUCGCCGGGACACUGUUCUUUGCCUUUAGUAACGUUGGUGAGGAAUUUUGUGUUAAGAACAAUGAUCGAGUUGAAAUGCUAGCUAUGAUUGGUGCUUAUGGAUUUCUUGUGAGCAUAGUUCAGACAUCUACUUUAGAAUUAAAGAGCUUGCAGUCAGUGGAAUUGUCGGCUGAUCUUAUAAUAGCCUUAGCUGCUUACACUGUUUUAACCUUCACAAUAUACUCCAUUUUCUCAUUUGUUCUAGAGAUGAGUGGAGCUACAAUGUAUUCUCUUUGUUUUCCCACAUCUAAUACGUGGAUAGUCAUCAUUCAAAUAUGUUUCUACCAUCAGCAGGUUGGUUGGUUAUAUUAUCUUGCUUUUGCUAUUGUCGUCACUGGAUUGGUCAUUUAUUCUACCAAUGAGAAGGAUCAUGUCUCUGAUGCAGAGGAUGUCAAAUACAAUGCAGAAUACCAUGCACUUGAUACUGAAAAUGGUGCUUCAAGAAAUCAAUUUUGAAUUUCAUGAUAAUUAUUUCUUAUUAGUUGAAAGAAACUAGAAAUAGUGGUAAUAACCACAAGCAUCCUUGUAAGAAGUUUUGUGUUCGAAUCUCACUUUCCCCUCUCUUAUUAUAAAAAGAAACUGCAAAUAAUGUUAAAUUACAUAUGAUAAAAAAAUAAAUCAUUUUUUAAUAA